CGCACAUAAUAAUAAACAGAGCGAAAACAGCUCACCUUCUUCCUCGUCACGCCGCGUCUCCUCUUUAUAAAGACUUCCCUCUAACCUCUCUCUGUAUAUGCUUCAAAAUUUCAAAUCCAACUACUCUUUUCUCAGUUUUCCUUUUUCAUAACCAAAAUUCAACACACAGAACAAAUUCUGUACCCUUUAAGAACCAGGCGCGAAAACAGAAACACUGUCCUACGGGGAGGUUGAUGAUGUUGCGGUGGUGUUGCAGGUGUUUAGGGAAGCGUGGUAGUGAUGGUUUGUUGUGGCACUCGGACUUGAAGCCGCACGCGUCUGGUGAUUAUUCGAUCGCGGUGGUUCAGGCGAACUCUAAUCUGGAAGACCAAAGCCAAGUGUUCACAUCUCCUUCUGCCACUUAUGUUGGUGUUUAUGAUGGACACGGUGGUCCUGAGGCUUCUAGAUUUGUUAAUAGGCAUCUUUUUCCUUUUUUACAUAAAUUUGCUAUGGAACAAGGAGGAUUGUCUGCAGAAGUGAUAAAGAAGGCAUUUCUUGCUACUGAAGAGGAAUUUUUGCGUUUAGUUAAGCGUGCAUUGCCCGUAAGGCCACAAAUUGCUUCAGUUGGAUCAUGUUGUCUACUUGGAGCAAUUUCAAAUGAUGUAUUGUAUGUGGCGAAUCUUGGUGAUUCUAGAGCAGUUCUUGGUCAGAGAGUUCCAGUGGAUAGCAAACACAUAGUGGCGGCUGAACGGUUGUCAACUGAUCAUAAUGUUGCAGUUGAGGAGGUAAGAAAGGAAGUUGAGGCACUUCACCCUGAUGAUUCACAUAUUGUGGUUCAUAGUCGUGGAGUUUGGAGGAUAAAGGGCAUAAUUCAGGUUUCCAGAUCUAUUGGUGACGUCUACUUGAAGAAACCUGAGUUUUACAGAGACCCAAUUUUUCAGCAAUUUGGAUACCCCAUCCCUCUGAAAAGACCCGCAAUGACAGCUGAACCCUCAGUUCUUAGUAGAAAGCUUAGGCCUCAAGACUUAUUUCUGAUCUUUGCAUCAGAUGGCCUUUGGGACCAGUUAAGUGAUCAAGCGGCAGUGGAGAUUGUUUUCAAAAACCCAAGAAAUGGAAUUGCUAAGAGAUUAGCUAGAGCUGCCCUUCAAGCGGCUGCAAAGAAGAAAGAAAUGAGAUACAAAGACAUAAAGGAGAUCGAAAAGGGAAUACGGCGACAUUUUCAUGACGAUAUCACUGUGGUUGUAGUGUAUCUUGAUCAUCACAAAAACUCGUUAGGUCGGAGCAGAUUUAAGCAGAGUGAUAUUGGCUGCAUCAGUGCACCUGUUGACAUCUACUCCCUAAAUGCAGAUGAAACCGAAGAGGAUCUGCUGAAAACCCGGCUACCUGAAUAAAUGAACUUGUCUAAGAGUGAAGUGCUAACAUUUAGACUAAGUUUAUCAGUAGUAAUUUGAUUAGUAUACAUGGAGGGUAUACAGAUGGUGAACAGUUUGUGUAGAUAUUGUCACUGUUGAUUGCUCGAUCAAGAUGAUAUAGAGAUGGAGAAACAAGCUGUAAUAGAUUUUUCCAAGUGAAGAUCUAGUCCCCAUUGCCCCUUGUUUAGUUGUUUUAUUUGUUUAAUUAUCGAUUUUGUCUUGUACAAAAUUGAUAAUACCAAAUUCCAAAAAUCCUACAAACAAGUUUUAUAAUCCUUUCAUUGAGAUGAGAAUUUAAAUGGAACCGAGUCUUAAUCAGAGU